AUGUUGCCCUGCCAGUGCGACUUUGCUGUUUCCUUCAUCCUUCAAUGUUCCCACCCGGCCUUGCUCCAUGCUCCAAGCUCCACAUGCUCCUCCAUACAUGUCAAUGUCAAUGUCAAUGUCCAAGUCCAGCCCACUUUGAGCUCACUGGCCUGGGCAGUCGCUAACCCAAAGAACCAGUUGACAUUUGAUCUCACGCUUCAUCACCUUCUUCUCUUGUCCAUCGUCAACUCUCUCCUCGUGUCUUCCCCAGGCCCGUCAGCGCCCUUACUCUUCUUCGUACCAGCUGCAACACUUGCAACGACCGAGCAUCAUACACUUUCAGCAGCAUUUUGUCCUGUUUUGCAUUCGCACCCGCCAGACUCUAGACCAGACGAGACGCAAUUCCCCAACACCCGGACCCUGUCACCCAUUGACGUCGUCGGUCUCGUCGGCUCUCUCACUUGCCACCCCCAAACCCGAGUCGAUUUUUCCCUCGCACCGCAACCAAACCACAGAUUUGUGGCGUCGCACAUACCAGCUUUUGCUUCAUCUGCAAAUUCUGUUUGGUCUCAACGGUCGCAAACCUCCUGA